UAGAUAUUGUGACAGUUGUCCUUUAAACGUUUUUGCAUAUCGACGGAAUUUCCCUUUAAAUUCUACACAUUGGGCUGUCAGGUGUCACGUGACGAACAGUUCGCCAUAUUUUCGAGUCUGCAAACACGCAUGGUAGUCGCCGAAUAUUACUUGUGUAGGCGCAUGGAGUUUUCACGUCUGUGAUGUGAGAGAAAGUACGGUCCACGAUGGCUAUUGCAUAAUCUACGUCCGCAACGAAUGACAUGUUCGAUUCUUAUGCAUUACCAUUGACUUUCUAAUGUAUUGUUGUUGUUGACUUCGUCCGUUACUUUUGUCAAUAAUAAUAAACUUCAACCAGUCACAGUUAGUCGAGACUUCCAUGUUUGUUCGUUUGUUAAAAACCCCCUAAUGACAGUCUCUGUCCUGCCUGCUACCAUGAAUACGAAUACGAUUCCGAUUCGUCGACAGCGGCUGCCGUUACAGUGAAAACUCCCGGCUUGUUCGUAGAUAGAUUAGAUAAUUUAGUUGGGAAUUGUAAAACUCUUAUAAAAAUGGCUGAAGCAAACGUAGAUGACACAGAUUUGCAAUCGGAAAAUGAAGGGAAUUCAGAUUCUCAGCGUGAAAGAAAAUUAACCCAAAAAGGCCUUGAAUAUCAGAUACAACAAAAACAGAACAGUUUUCGCAGAGCUGUUUCCAAGUGGCGUCAACAGGCUAACACACUGGGAAAACUUUUAUCAGAUUCAAGGGACAUUCCGCUUAUUCGUAAAGAAAGAGACACUUUAGAAAAUGUCAUCGGUGAAAUUUCUUACAUUUUAUCAGAGUUAAAUGAAUUAUGCGAGGAAGGAAGAGAAGUCGAAGCUUAUUACGAACGAUAUGACAAUAUUGAAGAAGAUCAUUGUAAUCUUUUGAAGAAAGUCUCGUCAUAUUUGCAUGACUUCUUAUCGGAUCGUGGUUCUCGAUCAUCUUCUAAAAGUAAACAAUCAUCGAAAUCAUCCAGCUCAAGAAAAGCUGAUAUAUUGGUAGAAGCUGCAGAACUUAAAGUUAAAUUAAAGUACGUUGAGAUUGAAGCUCGUAAGAAAGCGGAACUUGAAAAGCUGCGCAUAGAGAAAGAAUUGUGUGUCGCUGAAGCUAAAGUAAAUGCAAUCGUCAAAGUUGAAGAAGAAGACAGAUAUGAAUUACCAGAAGAAACUGUUACAAAUUUUGUUGAAAAUUUUGUUAUAUCAUCGACUGAUCCAUAUAUUAACCCUUUAACCACCCCUGCUUCAACUUUAUCAAGUAGUUUGAAUCCGAAUGUUCCUGAAUUUCAAGCUAUAUAUGCAUCGUCGUCAUCACACACUACACAUGUUUCACCUUCUCACAUUAAUACUCAACCAAUCGCAUCAUCGUCAACAAACCUGGUUUCAGAUAACCCUCCUCCGGUCAAUUAUCCGUACAGAUCUAAUAGUAACGAUUCGCAAAGUGACUUGUUAGCUUUAUCAAAAUUGCUCACUGAACAGUCGCAUUUAAACCGUUUGCCCCCUCCUGAACCAAGUGUGUUCAGUGGCGAUCCACUGAAGUAUCCGAGUUGGAAAUGUGCGUUCGAAACAUUGAUUGAAAACAGAAAUAUUCCAGUCUCGCAACGAAUGCAUUAUCUUUGGAAAUAUUUAGGUGGACCAGCUAGAGAUGCAGUCGAAAGUUACUUCUUAUUAAACACCGACGGUGCUUUUCAAGAUGCGAAAAAUCUCCUUGAGAAAAGAUUUGGUCAUCCAUUCGUCAUAGCAAACGCCUUUCGUAAUAAGUUAGAUUCGUGGCCUAAAAUUCCCCCUAGGGAUGGUAUUGAACUUCGUAAAUUUGCUGAUUUUUUAAGACAAUGUGAAAUUGCCAUGUCGACAAUUAAUAGCUUGCAGAUAUUAAAUGACAGUCACGAAAAUAAGAAACUAUUGAGUAAAAUUCCCGAAUGGUUAGUUUCGCGUUGGGCUCGAAUGGUUUAUGACUGGCAAGAAGAAAAGAAUAGGUUUCCUCCGUUUAGUCUUUUCGUUAGAUUUAUUGCGAAAGAAGCAGAUAUUGCGUGUGAUCCAGUAACUACGUUACCAACGUUCCGGAAAGAUACUUAUAAUAGAUAUAAUCCUAGCAAAUCAAGUAAAUCUAUAAGUCUUGCGACCGAAGUUAAAGAGAAUCACUUAGAGUCAACGCAGUCAAAGUUAUGGAAGAAACAGGAAUGUUUCCUCUGUAAAGGUCCGCAUAAUAUUGAUGUCUGCAAGUCUUUUCUAGACAAAUCAUUACCUGAGCGUAAAGAAUACUCUGCUCAGAAUGGGCUCUGUUUCGGUUGUCUCAGUUUAGGACAUAGAUCUAAAUUUUGUCGUUCGAGAUUAUUUUGUAACAUUUGCUCUAAAGGACACCCCACUUCGUUACACGGUGAUAGUGGAAAGCCAGUACCCUAUUCAGAAGCUGAAAAUACGAAACCGAAAUCUGUCUUGUCUCAUAACACUAGUAUUAAGGAAAGUGUAAGUAAAAGUUCGACCACAGUGUUAGUGUGGUUAUCGCAUCGUGAUAAUCCGGAGAUUGAAAUUCUCACAUAUGCGAUGCUGGACACUCAGUCAGAUUCAACAUGGGUUACAAACAGUUCGUAUAAUAAGCUUAAUAUUGACUCACAUGAUGUUGUUUUAUCGCUUUCUACGAUGUUCGCAAAGGACCAAGUAAUUAACAGUCGUAAAGUUUCUGGAUUGAUGGUUCGUGGUUAUGAUAACUUAUUAAAAAUCCCCCUGCCUUCGGUCUAUACCAGGGAGUCUAUACCGGUAAAUCGUUCGCAUAUUCCGACACCGGAAAUGGCCCGACAAUGGCCCCACUUAGUCAAGAUAUCCGAUGAACUCGUACCUUUAAAGGAUGUCGACGCUGGACUGUUAAUUGGAUACGAUUGUGCACGAGCUUUAGCGCCUCGCGAAGUCAUCCCACCAGUUGGAGAUGGCCCCUUUGCACAGCGUACAGACUUAGGUUGGGGAAUAGUUGGCGUGAUAGAUCCCAGUCCGUCCGAUAUUGAUUUUAUUGGUGUUAGUCACACGACACUUGCAUACCCUGUACCUUCUGUCACGACGAAUUCUUCUACACCGGAUCAUGUCUAUAUUUCACUACGUUCGGAAGUAAAUGAAAUUAUAGAUCUGAAUAAUCUUCAAAGAAUGUUUGAGAUAGACUUCAUAGAAAACAAAUCCGACCAGACUUCGUAUUCGCGAGAAGAGAAGAAGUUUCUCGAUUUGAUGUCGGAUAAGAUUCAUGUGACGGCCGAUGGACAUUACGAAAUGCCGUUGCCCUUUAAAAAUGGUGACCCUGUAUUACCGAACAAUAAAGCUUUCGCUUUGAAUCGCUUAAGUCAGCUUAAGAAUCGUCUGCAGAAGAAUCCACAGCAUUUAGAGGAUUACAUCGAUUUUAUGAAAAAUCUGAUUGAUAAGGGCUACGCAGAAAUCGUUCCGGAUACCGAACAGCAAGGCGAUCGGUCGAAUAUAUGGUAUAUACCCCACCACGCCGUGUACAACCCUAAUAAGCCUGGACAGGUUCGAGUUGUGUUUGGGUGUAACGCCGAAUUUCGAGGUCACUCAUUAAACGAUUGUUUACUAAAGGGUCCGGAUCUUACAAAUACUUUGAUAGGGGUGCUUUGUCGAUUCAGACUUGAUCGUGUAGCCUUUAUGUGCGACAUUGAAAAAAUGUUCUACCAAUUUCGAGUUAACGUAGAGCAUCGUGACUAGUUGCGCUUUUUGUGGUGGAAAAAUGGGGAUUAUGAUACCGUGCCGUUAGAAUUCCGCAUGACUGUUCAUCUGUUUGGAGCAGGUUCCUCCCCAGGAUGUUCCAAUUUCGGUCUGAAACAAGCAGCGAAUGAUUAUCAGUUGGAGUUUGGUGUUAAUGUAUCAGAUUUUAUUCGCAAUGACUUUUGCGUCGAUGACGGACUUAAGUCGGUAGGCUCGGAGAAAGAAGCGAUAGAGUUAAUCGAUAGAAGUCGUAGGUUGUUAUCUAAAUGCGGUUUACGAUUACACAAGUUCAUAUCCAACUCGAAAACAGUAAUAGAAUCUAUACCACUUGAAGAUCGAGCUAAAGGCAUAAAGGACCUUGACCUUUUCGUUGAAGAACUUCCGAUAGAACGUGCUCUCGGCGUUCAGUGGCGCGUCGAAUCGGAUGAGUUCCAGUUUCAUAUUACGUUGAAGGAUAAGCCUCUUACGAGACGUGGCAUCCUUUCGACUGUUAGUUCCAUUUAUGAUCCGUUAGGAUUUGUGGCACCUUUCCUAUUAAUUGGUAAACAGAUUCUACAAGAGAUGUGUCGCAGUAACGUUGAUUGGGAUAGCGAGUUACCUGAUAGUCUACGACCUCGUUGGGAGCGCUGGAGGAACGAUAUUUUCAAGUUGGAAUCCCUUAAGAUAAACAGAUGUUAUAAACCGAGUAAUUUUGGAGAUGUAAUUACUGCAGAAAUACAUCACUUCGCCGAUGCCAGUACAUUAGGUUACGGUCAGUGCUCUUACCUUCGCCUGGUGGAUAACAAGGAACUUGUUCACUGCUCUUUAGUUUUAGGAAAAUCUCGUGUUGUACCGCUUCGCCCCAUUACAAUUCCGAGGUUAGAGUUAACUGCUGCGUUAGUGUCAGUUCGAGUUAGCAUACUUCUAAAGAAGGAACUGAAUAUCAAUGGAAUAAAUGAAACAUUUUGGACAGACAGUAAUGUCGUGCUUGGUUAUAUCAAUAACGACGUUCGAAGAUUUCACACUUUUGUAGCAAACCGCAUCCAGAAAAUUCGUGACAACACCAAGACACACCAGUGGAGACAUGUCAAGACUUCAGAUAAUCCAGCCGACGUAGCGUCACGUGGAUUAUACGCCGAAGAAUUAGUUAACCAAUCUAUGUGGUUCACUGGACCCGAGUAUCUUUGGCAAAAAGAUAUACCUACCUAUGGAGAAGAACAACAUGAACUCGCAUCAGACGACCCUGAAAUAAAGAAACAACUUGCCUUAUCAACUGUUAUAUCCAGUUCAUCGUCUUCUUUUGAGUUGGAACGCUUAGAAAGAUUUUCAACAUUGUUUAAAGUCAAACGAGCUGUUGCUAAUUGCCUGAAGUUGAAACGUUUACUUUUGAUUCGUAUUAGAAAGGAUAGUAAUAUACCUUCAUCUGAAACUGCUGUUGAUUCACUUGUAUCAGAUUUGCAGGACGCAGAAACGCAGAUAAUCAAAUUAGUACAAUCAGAGACAUUUGCAGAUGAAUUGAAAGUCUUACAUUCGCUACAGCAAAAUGAUGUACCCGAGAAAGUUCGCCAUAAAACUCUAAAGAAAUCAUCUUCGUUAUUUCGUCUCGAUCCGUUCAUCGAUUCUGAUGGUAUCUUACGUGUUGGUGGACGACUUCGUAGAUCUAAUCUUCGUGCUGAUGAAAAGUACCCAGCUGUUCUACCUCGACAUCAUUUCAUCACUGAACUGAUAAUACGUCACUUUCAUGAACUAUCCGAACAUCAGGGCAGAGGAAUUACUACCAAUGAGAUUCGUUCUAAUGGUUUUUGGAUCAUAGGAUGCAGUUCCGCUGUGUAUAAUUUUAUCAAUAAGUGCGUGAAAUGUCGUAAGUUCAGGGGACGUCUGCAAGAGCAGAAAAUGUCAGAUCUGCCAGAGGAUCGUCUCGAUCCGACCCCUCCCUUCACGUACUGUGGUGUAGACUGUUUCGGACCUUGGAUAAUAAAGGAAGGUCGUAAGGAGAUGAAACGAUACGGCAUAUUGUUUACUUGUAUGUGCUGUCGCGCAGUCCACAUCGAGACCGCAAAUACGCUAUCAACAGACUCCUUUAUAAAUGGAUUACGUCGUUUUCUCUCUGUUCGCGGUCCUAUAAGGCAACUACGCUGCGAUAACGGUACCAAUUUCGUGGGAGCUCAAAGAGAAUUGAGAGAAUCUUAUGAACGCAUGGAUCAUGAUCGAAUUCGUCAGUAUCUCCUUGAAAGAAAUUGUGACUAUUUUGAAUUUAAGAUGAAUGUUCCAUACGCUAGCCACAUGGGUGGUGUCUGGGAGCGCCAGAUAAGAUCAGUUCGCAACGUGCUUUCGUCUCUAAUGCAUCAGUCUGGCACUCAACUUGAUGAUGAAGCCCUGAGAACUUUCAUGUAUGAAGCAGCAGCUAUUGUAAAUAGUCGCCCUCUAACCGUUGAUAAUCUCAAUGAUAUUACGUCAUUAGAUCCGCUUACGCCAAAUCAUCUUCUUACUCUGAAAUCGAGAGUGAUACUUCCGCCUCCAGGUGAAUUUCAGAGAGCUGAUGUGUACUCAACUAAACGAUGGCGUCGUGUACAAUAUUUAGCCAACGAAUUCUGGACUCGCUGGAAAGUAGAGUUCUUACAAAAUCUACAGCCGCGCCAGAAGUGGAACAAGUCUGUUCGUGAUAUUAAAGUCAAUGAUAUCGUUUUGAUGAAAGAUGAAAAUCUUCCGCGGAAUAACUGGCAUUUGUGUCGCGUGGUUGAACUCCUUCCAGAUGAGCUUAAUUGUGUGCGAAAAGUGAAGCUUAUCGUUGGAGAUGGUAAUCUAAACUCUAAGGGAAAACGAAUUAACCCAGUGUCAAAAUUAGAACGCCCGAUUCACAAGUUAGUUUUGUUAUUGGAGGAAUAAUGAGGCUUUGUUGGAGACCGAUGGUACUUCCCCAUCGAGGAGCCAGUGUAGAUAGUUGGACAUUUAAGUUAAUGAACAUUUCGAGUUAAUCUAGUUCAUAUUUGAAUUUUGUCCAUUUAUUUAUUUAUAUUUUGUAUCAGUGUAUUUGAUAAGUAUGUAUGUUUACAUGUCGUUCGGAUAGGUCUACGACAUUUUGAAAAUUUGAGCAUCAAUUUUAGGGAGCCAUGUGACAGUUGUCCUUUAAACGUUUUUGCAUAUCGACGGAAUUUCCCUUUAAAUUCUACACAUUGGGCUGCCAGGUGUCACGUGACGAACAGUUCGCCAUAUUUUCGAGUCUGCAAACACGCAUGGUAGUCGCCGAAUAUUACUUGUGUAGGCGCAUGGAGGUAUGUUUCUUCAGUUUAUGAAAUCAAUUGCAUUCGAUACUUUCAAUAACGUUCGAUUAUCCAUUUUGUAUAUGUAUUAGAUAUUAAGUAGCUUUUUCGUUCGUAUAUUUUCAGUUUUCACGUCUGUGAUGUGAGAGAAAGUACGGUCCACGAUGGCUAUUGCAUAAUCUACGUCCGCAACGAAUGACAUGUUCGAUUCUUAUGCAUUACCAUUGACUUUCUAAUGUAUUGUUGUUGUUGACUUCGUCCGUUACUUUUGUCAAUAAUAAUAAACUUCAACCAGUCACAGUUA